AAUCAAUAUGUCUGAGGAGGGUGGUGGCAAGAUAAAAAACAAGAAAGUUUUGAAUCCACCGAAACCAUACGAACGGCGGAAAUCAUUCCUUGGAAAAGUUACAGACACUGUUAAAGAAUUGAUUUCGCCAUCUUGGCUAUCAGACUUGGUGAAUAGUGUGAAAAAACCAAGCCCACAGCGAGGAGAUGAACUGUCAACUCCUCCAGUCCAAGAGCCACAGUAUAUGAGUUCCCUUCCAUCGCAGCAACGUAAUAGGAUUCCAUCUAGAGAUUCUUCUCAAUAUUGUCCUCCAAAGUUUGUACCAUUGACACGAAAUGGUCUGGCCAACCUUUCCCCCAGGUCUUCGUUACCUCUGGUACCCUCCUUGCCACUUCAGCAGCCCCCACAGCAAUCGCAACCACCAAUGACAUUCUGCACCCAAAAGAGUGAUAAUGGAGAAGGAUUGAGGAAAAACCAAACACAACCAAGCAUUUUCUUGCAAGAUACUAAAUCAGUUGAUAGAAAUAGGAACUUUUUGAGUAAUUGCACAAUUGGGAGGGGGCAGUUGGACAGUGAUAUUUCAUCAGGGCCAAGUGAUGAUAUUGCCAGACCAGGACCUAGCAAUACAGAGACAAACCCUGCAGAUAUCUCAUCCAUUUGUAAUCACAAUGAGAGUGAGGAAAGCGAAGAGCAGGAAGAAACACUACCUGCAUCUGUAAAUCGUUUGAACAAAUCAACAACUUGGACUGAAGGAUUCACUGCCAGGAAGUCAAAACCGUCAAGUUACAGCAAACCUGGAUUUGACAUAUCCCUAUUUGGGGCGCCCCUUCAUAGUAAUUCCCUCUUGGGGGAAAGUUCUCAUGAGUCAUCAUUUUAUCCCGGUAAGACAACCUACGGAGGAGCGUCAGCGCAAAGGAAGACAAGGUUAAAUGUCACAGGGCCUUAUCAGUCACCUUUCCCAAUGCGUCAAAAAAUGAAAGUAAAGCCAGUCAAUACAUCUAGAAGUGCUGCAACUAGUUCAACGGCACAGAAGAUUCUGGAAACACUAGAAAAGAUGUCAACUCCAUUGUCUGAAGCUAAGAAAAUACCUACUGAUGAUACAGUGUUGCGACUGAAUUCUUCAUUCAAUCCUACAAGUUAUAAACCAGCACGCCAUAGCAUAGGCUCCUACCUUAACACAAGACGUGAACUACAGAAAUCCCAGAGUGGCCCACCAACAGGUAAAGUUAGCACACCUGUACCAGCCUCCAUCAGUCGUAACUACCAGCGAGUAACAGUUCCCCAGACACAGUCAGACAAGGGUUUCUUAAAUGCAAAAGUACCUACAAAGAUCAGUCGACCAACCCCUCAGGAACCAGAGAAGACGCCGAGCAUUGCAUCAGGGGGUGGAAAACUGAAAAGUAAAAAGUUUCAGCAGCACUUUCCAGGACGGAAGGCUGCUGAAGAGGAGGAAGAAGAGGUUGAAAUGCCCAAUUUACGAACAGAAUUCACAUUGCCAGUGAUUGGUACCCCUCAAUUUGAUUUUGGAACAUCACAACUUACCAAGCCAGUGGAAAAGAAGGCAGAAAAGUCCAACGCAGAAUUUACUUUCGCGACACCCAUACAGAAAACCCCAACUAAACAGUCGGACCAGGUCCCACCCACAAAAACAGACUUCACCUUUAGUUCUCCACUGAAUAUGGAAAAUGAGAGUAAUUUAAAGCCCAAAUCUGUCACAUUUGACAUUGGGCCAGUGAAGGACAAAGAAUCUCCAGCCGCCUUCUCCUCACCCGCCUUCAAGUUUGGAAGUCCUAUGGGCCUUCAGUCCAAGUCUCCAUCAAACCUUGGAGCAUCACCAGUCCUUCCCAGAUCUUCAGGAGGUCUGGUUCCUGCCACGGAACUGAAAUCUGGUAGUGUGAUGGAUGUUCUUGGUAAGUCAGGGGAGAGUGGCUUCAGUUUUGGCUCUACCAAGACCAACAAAGACACAACAAGCAUGGGUGGAUUCAAACCUGCAUCAGAACUGAAGCAAGGCAGUGUGAUGGAUGUUCUGGGUGGAUCCAGUGCCAAGACAUCUUCAUUCAAUAGCAGCUUUGAACCUGCCAAAGAACUCAAAAAAGGGAGUGUUACAGAUGUUCUUGGUAAAAGUUCAAAGGAGGACAGCAAACCCAGUCUGUCCGCCAUGUUUAAGGUCGCAGAAGGCAGCUGGGAGUGUGAUUCCUGCUGUAUCAACAACACAGCUGAUAUCAUAAAGUGUGUAGCCUGUGGAGCCAAAAAGCCAGAUGCUGCAGGUUCUGCGUCACCCUCCAGUCAACCAAACUUGUCGUCCGUAUUUAAAGUUGCAGAAGGAUCAUGGACUUAUGACAGCAGUAUGAUACAGAAUAAGUCUACUGAUACAAAAUGUGUCCCUUGUCAGGCAAAUAAACCAGGAUCUGCUGGUUCUGCUAAUUCUCCUGUAAAAGAAAGUUCAACUGCCAAAUUCGAGAAACCCACAGGAAAUUGGGAAUGUGAUACCUGUCUAGUUCCAAAUGAUGGAACAGCCUCCAAAUGUAUAGCAUGUGAGACACCUAGGCCUGGACUUCAACUUAAACCAUCAGUUUCUGGAGGAUUGAAAUUCGGUGGUGUACCUGUCAGCAAAUCAACUGGUAGUGUAGAUCAAGGUGGUUUUAAAUUUGGAGAUGCAAGCAAAGACUCGUCUACUGACAGUAAACCUGUGAGCUCAUUUGGAGCAGGACAAUUAUCUUUUGGAAUACCACCUGUUUCAAGUAGUAAUUCCACCUCUGAACCAUCCAAAAGCUCAACAAAUGUGACUGAGGGUUUUAAAUUUGGAAGUGGAGAAGUUUCCUCAGGUGGUCCUAGUGUGGGAGGCUUUAAAUUUGGGACUGGAGCUAGUGCACCAAAUAUCACUCCAACAACAGGCUUCAAAAUAAAUUCUAUAGUUGUUUCUAAAAGUGAUACUGUUUCUGGUGGUUUUCAGAUGCCAUCUGUGAAAUCUUCACCUGUUGGUGAUCAAAGUCAGAAUAAAAGUGAAAGUUCUAGUACAUUUAAAUCUCUAUUUGGUAUUGAUAAAUCUGAAAUAACAUCGGGUCCAAAGACUGAUUCUACCUCAGGAAAGGUGUCCAAUGGCAGUUUAUCAACACCUGCAACCGGUUCUUCAGCUGGUGGUUUUCAGUUUGGAGCUCCUACGAAACCUCCCACUACAUUUAGUGCUGGGCCAGAUUUCACCAUGGCUAAGUCAUCUGAAGAGACACACAAACCAGCUCCCUUAUUUAAUGUACAACCACCAGCCAGCACUGUUGCAGCCCCAUCAUUAAAAAGGAGUCACAAUGAAGAAAAUGGACCAAGUGAUACCAAGAGGACACCAUUUAUGUUCAAUGCUGGAUCUACAGCAGAGCCUGCAAAGUCACUUGGAAACAAUAUUUUGUUUGGUGCACCAGCCUCAGCCCCUACUCCUGCAACCAAAGCAUCAAUAUUCCAGACCCCUACUGCCCCUACCUCAAGCAUGUCUACGGCAGUGUCCACAGCUCCAGCUGGAGGAUUUAAUUUUGGGAUGGGAGGUAACUCUGCACCCUCUGGAGGACUUGGAAAUUCCAGCUUUGGAACUACUGCUAAAAAUCCUUCUGGAUUCAACUUCAAUGUUGAUUCAAACAAAUCAGCUGUGUUCAAUUUUGUUGGUGGGUCUAGUACAGCAGCAACAACAGCUCCUGUUUUUGGUGCAAGCUCUAUCAACACAGAUGUGAAAACUUCUGCUCCAUCAGCACCAUUUUCAUUUACGGCUCAACCCUCUGCUCCUGAAGCCAGUCAGGGACUUCCGACUCCUUUUGGAUCUGCCCAAGAUUCUACACCUGCACCUGCAUUUGCAGCCAAUACAUCUGGGUUUGGAACUGGAAGUAACAUGUUUAGCAGUAGCAGCAGUACCCCAUCAUUUGGAGCCAAUGGGGCAGUUCCUCCAUCUGGGUUUGGUGCAGCUGCGGCCGGGUUCAACAACACGUCAACAGGAAAUGCUCCCGCCUUUGGUGCAGCCGCCACCACCUCCAACACUGCACCUACAGGAAGCUUUAGUUUUGGAAAUCCACAACAAUCAUUCAACUUUGGUGGACAAUCAAAUACACCGGUAAACAAUGGAGUGUUCCAGUUUGGUGCAAAACCAGGUGAAGGAACUCCUGCUGCUGCUGCACCACAGACUAAUGCAGGAUUUAACUUCAAUGCUUCAUCUUCAUUUAAUUUUGGACAGAGUACCCAACCAGCCAUGCAAGGCGGUAAUGCCUCAUUUAACAUAGGAUCAAACAAUGAUGCAAGUUCAGGAAGGAAAAUAAAGAGGGCUGUACGUAAAAUACGUCGCUGAAACAGACUAAUACCACUGCUCUUUACUCCAGUUUAUUGUCACUUUUCAGGAACAUUUUCAUCCUGGAUUGAUGUUAACAUAGUUGGCAUGAUCAAAGAUCUGUUUUGGAUCACUACAGACUGUGGAGAAGACACAGUGUCAAGACAAGUUGAGGAUAGAACGAGAAUACUGAAUUGUGAUAGUCAAUUGAAAUCACUAAGGUUAGAUGUAUCAUGUGACUGAGGCUGGUAACACAGCCGAUACAGGAAAUAUACCAUUACAGUACCUGCUGGCACAGUGACAGAUGUAGACCACUGCAGCAGUCAGAGGUGGUGCAAGUUUCACUGAGAUUGACAGAAUUAGAUAAAUUCACAGUAAAACAGGCUUUUGGACUCACCAUUUGUACUUGUGCAUUAUUUUCUGCAUAAGUCUGUGAUGUCAUUAGAAGUGAAGAAAAAGUAUCCAAAGACACAGGUUCAUUUUAGAAAACAAAGAUGAAUUAACGAAAUUUGGAAUUUUAGGAGUUUAAAAGUUGGACUUGUGAAGGUUAUCAGUUCCAUCAAUUGUAACAGGUAGCUGUGAAAGUUAUUACACCCUUAAAAGAUUUGUAUUUGGAUGUUAACAAAUUUUCUUUGAUUAACUAUGGACAACUGCUGCCGAUGAUAUAUCUUGAAACAGCAGUAUAAAGCUGAUGAUAAUUUACUGGGCAUUGCAACAAGAAGUACUUGAAUGAUGCUAUUUUCAUCUAAACAUAUGUACGUAUUGCCUAAAAUUAAAUAUAAAUUGUCAGCUGUGACUAGUUUGUGAAAUCUUAUUGCUCAAAUACUGCUUGGACACUGUACCGCUUGUCUGGUGCAACACAAAUCUCUACAUUCCAUUGAAGUGAUCAGUUUUAAGUUGUCAGAUACAGGAGUUCUACAAAAAUGUCGUGAAACAUGAUUAGGAUGUUUACGAUUAUUCAUUGAACUAGAAAAAUAAUAAAAAAAAAAAACAGGUUUGAACAGGCACAGGUCAUUUAAUUAUAAUAUGGUAGUAUGCAUACUCUUGGGGUUGCGGUCAGGAAUUGUAUGUAUCGUAUAUGGUACACAUGAUGUGAUCAGUUUGAUUUGACUCGGCAUUGGGUUUGGAAGCUUGUCUAUUUAUUUUUCAUUUUUUAAAUACAAAGCUAACAAAUUGUUUCUUUGCCUAAGCAUUGUCAGAGAUCACUUUUAGUCAAAAUGAGAAUUGAUGUUUUUUAAUCUGUAAAUCAACAAAAUAACACAGGAAGCACUGUUUACGUAUGCACAGAUAUUAUGUAAAUAAUGACCACUUGUAUAAUCCAGAUAUACUUUGUUGGGGAAAUUUUGAAAAGUUGUUCAUUUCUUUAGUACAUUUAUAUAUAUCUGUAUUAAACAAGAAACUACCACGUAAUUGUAAAUAAUUGUACAUAAUAGCUGUUUUCAUUCUACAGUUGUGUAGUAAAGAUGUAUUUUUUACAUAUCUGUAGGCUGCUGGACAAAUUUUGCAGGUCCUGUUGGUUUUAUUUGGUGCUAAAAAGGGUAAUUCCUAGUAAUUGACUAAUGUACCAGUCUUAUUGGCUCAAAAGUCUUAUCUUACUAACCUGCAGAGUUUGUUCAAAUCAUUGAUCUCUUGUAGUAUCACAUAGGAGAAAUGUGGGGGUGGGGUUGGGGAAUAUUAAUUGAUAUUAAGUAACUUGAAAAUAAUUUAUAUUGAUUUGUUCAAAAAGUCCUGGUAUGGGAAUUUGUUAAAACACUAUGUGGUACUAGAGAAAAUUUAUUGCAUGUAUUAGCUUUGAAUUGAACUAAAGUAUUUGCUUGAAUGUGUAUGUAAUCACAGUCAUAAAGACUCUUUCAAACAAUUUAUAAUGGAUCCCAAAGUCUUUCCACAAAUAUGUCGACUAUCCUUUGCAAAUAGGUAUAUGUUAUAUAACAAUAACAAUGUUUUUAAAAAUGUGAACAUAUUUCGAAGAGUUCUACAUACCCUGCUGGUUUCAUUGUUUUGAGUGUGUUGUUAUGAGGUAUAGUUGAGAGCAUAUGUGGAGUAGUGUUGUAACACAGAAUUAAUUUAUUUGUCCUACAUCCUUUGGUCAUUUAUUACACAUGUACUUAUAUUUCUCUUUUCAUCAUGCUCUCAUCUUCAAAAGUCAUUCACAAAAGAUGAGGUUAGGCUGUUAAAGCAAAAGCCAGAAACAAAACAAAAGAAAGAUAUAAAGAAGCUUCCUAGAUAAUAUAUAACAACUGGAAUCAUUUAAAAAUAGAACAGGGGAAUAAAAAGUUUGUGUUUGUUGAUAAACAAUAGAAAUAAAAGCAAAAGACAAAAUUCCAAUAGAGGAUGAAUGUCAAUUAGAGUUUGUUUCUUGUCUCUGCGGUUUUAAGUGAGGACAUCGAUUUUGAGUGCUUCCUUGAUACUUCUGUUAAACUCUUUUAACAGAAGAGGUGUCAAAUUAGAACUGACUGCCAUGUUUAAGCCAGAAUGUACUCAAAUUAGUAUGUAAUACAGUAGAAACAACCAGCUCAGAUCUGACUGAAAGAUUUUUUUUGGUCUUUGAUGAAUAAGUAUUGAUGCUGUAAUUUAUUAUUCAUACAGUACGGAUUGGUGCAUGGAGGCCUGCUGGGCUAUAUUUAAUGGAGUGUCUACGCCGAUAGAAACACUCAAUACACGCUUUCUACUCUGCGUAUGGCCUCAGGAUUUUGUGUACGUAAAUAAUUCAUAUUUGUUUCGUACUGAUGCAGUGAAUGGUUUCGUUUAGAUGUAUGCAGUAUCAAUACAUUUGUGCAUUGACAAAUAUUUCAAUAGAAUAUUAAUGCUAGGUGUUAAACUUGAGUGAAUCUUCUGAUACAUAAUGUAUUAUGAUUUUCUGAUAAGCGUUAUCCUUCCAACUUGUUAGCAUAAUGCUGACUUAACAUAAAAAACUACAAAGAUCUUUUAAAGGUUUUCAGUUGCCAUUGUGUCGGCUGUAGCAUGUACUUUGUACUCUGAUGUGAUGAUAAGUAGUCAGUCACACCAAUGUGAAAGUGGAACUGAAUCAUUGUCACCCAUUUUGGGAGGAAUGUUGAUAAACAAUUUUUCUUCUGAACAUUCUCAAAUCUGAAUUAAACAUUGUUCUGUUGAUACUCCAAUGUAUUAUUAAGUGUGCUUUGCCACUCGUGGUUGUAUGUCUGUCCUGUGUGCUAAUUGACAAUGACCUCAGCAGGUGUACUGUGUUGUACACAAAGAGUCUUAAAACUGUGAUGCAUAAGUUGUUUUAUUAUUAUCAUUAUUGUGUAUUAUGAUAAGGUGGUGUAUCUUGUGUUCCAUACAAAUGCAGGAUUUCACAGAUGACAGAGUCAGCAAAAAGAGAUUUUAGGACCACUCUUCUUUCCACCAAAUAUACUUAAGUUUGAUGUAUACAUUUGUAGUUGUAAAUUUGAAAAUACUAUUGUUCACACAACUUUUGAACCGUGUUGCAUCAGGUGGUAAAGAAAAAUGGUUUUAUUGUUUUGCUGAGAGCAGCAGUUUGGUGAAUUUAUUGAUACAUCUGUUUGUAUAUGGACUAUUUUUACAGUUCUGAAAUCAUGGUUUGAUCUACACUUUCAUUCUUCUUCAUCUUUCUCUUUCAUUUUUGUGAUGUUGAAAUGUGAAUUCACCAUUCUGCUUCUCAAACACAAAAGGUUGGGCAAUGCCCUGUUGUUAUCAAAAUUUUGUUUUGGAGAUUUAUUUUUAGGUAAAAAUUCUGGGUAUGAUAGAGGUGGUUUGUAAGUGAGUGCUGUAUUUAUUGAUGAACGAUCUGUGAAGUUCUGUACCUGUGAGUUGACUGUUUGUGGCCUGGUAUGGGUCUUGUGAGAGUGAAUGGUCGCAAGUCUGGUGGAAAAAUUAUGAUUGUCAAUAAAAUAUCUUUGACAUA